AUGGAUAUGAGUAUGUAUAAUGUUUUAUAUAAUGCUAUUCUAUAUGAUUUAAAUAAAAAUGAAACCAAAUCACAAUAUUAUGAACCAUCUCUAUAUAUUGGUCGGUCAACAGAUGCUAUGUAUGCCAUUCCUACAUAUAUAAGUACAAUUUUUGACAAAAAAGAAAUUACUAUUGGUGAUAAGGAAAAAAAAUCAAUUGGUUUUAAAAAUAAUAAAGAAAUAAAAUAUGUUGAUAAUAACAAAGAUGAAUCAAAUUAUGAAUUAAGUAUUGGAUAUCAUGAAAUUCCAAAAAUGUUUGCAUCUGAAUUGAUUCCAGUGAUUAAUGAUUUAAAUUCACACAUUUAUAAUAAUAAACGAUUACCUUAUUUUAAUUUUAAUAAAAAAAGAAAAAAAAUUGGUAUUAGUAAAGGUGGAAUUGAUCGAAGAACUAUAGAAUUAAUUGAAGAUAAGAUGAAUGAUUUUGAGAAUGAUUAUUGGGAUAUUCCAGAAAUAUUACAUAUUAUAUUGAUGAAAAAUCCUUAUAUUUUAAUUUCUGCUUUUAUAAUAGCUAUUUUUUCUAUUGCCAUAGUAAUUGUUAUAUGUAUUUAUAAAAUAAUACGAAAAUCAAAUAAUUAUGAAACUUCAAGUAGGACAAGUAUUUUAGAAAGUUCAAGAAUGUCUAAUUCUAGUUAUUAUGAAACAAAAAGUUCUAAAUCAAAUUUAUCAUAUGUUUCUACUAAUGAUAAUGAUGACACCCAUAAAAAUAAUACUUUAAUUGAAGGACAUUUUGCUAUAGGAAAAUUACAAUAUGAUCCAAAAGUUAUAUUAGGUAGAGGAUGUGAAGGAACAGUUGUAUAUCGUGGAACAUUUGAAGGAAGAAAUGUUGCUGUCAAAAGAGUAUUAUCUGAUUUAGUUAAAAUUACAACAAGAGAAAUUAAUAUGCUUCGUGAAAGUGAUUCACAUGUUAAUGUUAUAAGAUAUUUUUGUUCUGAAUCUGAUAGAACUUUUAAAUAUAUUGCUUUAGAAUUGUGUGAUUGUUCGCUUGCUACAUUUAUUGAUAAAAAAGAAUAUCGUGAUAUAAUGUUAUUAGAUAAUUUAGAAAUUUUACGUCAAGCAACAGAAGGUGUUGAACAUCUUCAUCAUUUAAAUAUAGUUCAUCGUGAUAUAAAACCACAAAAUAUUUUAUUAUCAAAAAAUAGUCAAACUGGACAUGUUAGAGUUCUUAUAUCAGAUUUUGGAUUAUGUACUGAAGGUUGGAUAGCACCAGAAACGUUUAAUAGUGAAGCAUCUGUUACUGUAUCUGUUGAUAUUUUUUCAUUAGGUUGUAUUUAUUAUUAUGUUUUAUCAAAUGGUAAACAUCCAUUUGGUGAUACAAUAAAAAGACAAGAUAAUAUUAUACAAGGACGUUUUAAUUUAGAAUUAAUAUUAGAAAAUGAUGUCGCUGUACAUCUUAUUGAAGCUAUGAUUCAUAAUAAGCCAAUAUUUCGUCCAACCGCUAAAUCUAUAUUAUCACAUCCAAUGUUUUGGUCUAAUGAUCGUAAAUUACAAUUUUUUAUGGAUGUUAGUGAUCGAAUAGAAAUUGAAACAGAAGAAAGUAUAAUUGUUGAAAAUUUAGAAAAAAAUGCUUUAUUUGUUGUUGGUCGUAAUUGGCGAAAUGUUAUAUGCAAAUACUUAGCAGAAGAUUUAAGAAAAUUUAGGACAUAUAAACACGAUACAGUUAGAGAUUUGCUUAGAGCAAUGCGCAACAAAAAACAUCAUUAUCGAGAACUUCCAGAUGAAACAAAAAAAUCAUUAGGUGAUAUACCAGAUAAUUUUUUACAAUACUUUACUUUACGUUUCCCAAAAUUAUUACUUCAUGUUUAUCGUGUCAUGAAAUUAUGUAGAUUUGAAUCAGUAUUUCAGGGUUACUACACAAAUACACAUACGGCUUUUUUUAAAGAACCAUUUGAUCAUUUACCUGAUGUAUAUAAUGAAUUUGAUAUUUAUUCAAAUUCAUCUAUCUUUAUGAAAGAUAAUAAAGUUGAAGGGAAAGAAGAAGGUAUUGAUAAUUAUGAAUCACAAAAUAUAAAAAAUAUUCAAAAUGAUAAAAAAAGUGGAAAAAAUGAUGGAAAUUAUAAAAAAGGAGGAUAUAUUAAACGCCGUAAACCAUUUCAGCCAAAUAAAUAA